GAAAUAUACAAUUAGUUCUGCGUGGAUUAAUUGCUAACUUGAAAAUGCCACCGGCUCAGCAUCGUUGCGGAGAUAUCGUGUGGCAAUGCAAACGGCACGUGCGCAGCUUCGCUUUCAAAUGUGUCUUCUGUUCGCAUUACACCACAUCAACUUUCAGGGACUUCAAGGGGCACCUGGAGGCUGAGCAUUUGGAUAGACUCAGAGAUUUUGAGACGGAGGAAAGCCAGCAGAAACAGUCGGCGCUGCCACCUUCACUUUCAUCUGGCCGUAGGAGCAGUCGAUCUACUUCCAGCGGCGUUAAGCUCUGCGAUCCAGUACUGCAAAUGCAAAACAACACAUUUGUAAACAAGGUGGCGUUGGGAACUCCAGAACUGCAAACACAUUUGCCGAUGUUGGACCCUGGAAGUAGUUCUGACUUGGUUGACUUUCCGUCAGACCCGUUAGAGAACAUAUCAUUGCAUGGAUUUUUGUCAACGAAUGAAGAUCCAGAGCCAGACAUAGAUAUUGAAAUGUCAGAAUUUAAUGUAAAAGGUAUAGAUGCUGAGUUUUACAAAGCACCCAAAGAGGAACUGGAAGAGUCCGAGUCUGCUGCAGGGCUGGAAGCCGAACUUGAUUGGUUUGAGAGUAACGACAGCUUCACAACACUGGAGGACGCAACUGAGGACGAUGAUGAACUGCCCGCCGACACUAAGCAUUUCUGGCUUCGAGAGCAUCCCAUAAUGUUUGCUAUUAUCGAUCACUAUAAGAAGGCACGGCCUUUGUGGGACGUCAGAAUGGUUACCUAUAGAAAUCGUGGGCGUCGAAACGUCACCUGCGAGCAGAUAGCUGACAAGCUCAAUGCCCAGUUUGGCCUACGCUUGGAAUGCGAGGACAUUGUCAUUUUUGUCAAUAAGCUGCGCGCCGCAUAUUACCGAGAGGAACGCCGUGCACAGUCGUCCACAGCCAUCACAUCUGAUCUACCAUGGUACUACGACCAUCUGAAUUUCUUAAAAGAUGGUGAAAAACAGCGCGGAAAACGUGGCAAACGGGGUACUAAGGCGCUUACGAGCAAAGGCUCCGCACUUCCAGUGCCCCAACUAAGUCACGCUCAGAACCGAGCCCUCAUCGAGAUCUACCGUCGGUGCAAUCGAACCUGGGACAUGCAGGACUUGACCUAUCGCCUGCGCCACAUUCGUCAGCAAGCUAAUGACAACUUGCUGCAGCUGUGCAGGGAUGAACUAAAGGUGCAGAUUAACCCGAAGCAGUUACAACGCUACAUUUAUCGCAUCCGCUACGCCUAUACGCAGGAGAAGACGCGACAGCUGCAAUGCGAGCGCGAUGGGCGCCCGUAUGUGCCCAUCUGUCCGUACUAUAAGCAGAUCCAGUUCCUAGAGCAGCACGUCGGACCAUUUAAGUGCGAGGUAUGCGAGGCAGUGAUAAACGGAGUCGAUGGCUUCAAGGUCCACAGAUCCCAGCAUGACGGGAGCAUGCCCUUUUUGUGUCCUAUCUGCCAACGGGGUUUCUCACGCAGUGGCAACUGCACAAUACAUUUGCGUCGGCACACCCAAGAUUUUCAUGUGUCCUGCGAUCAGUGCGGUAAGCGCUUCGCCACUACGUCUGACAUGCAGGUUCAUCGGCGUAAUCACACCGGAGAGAAGCCAUAUUGCUGUGACGUGUGCGGACAGCGGUUCCGCACGUCAUCCUUCUUCGACAGGCACAAACGACGGCAUGAGCAGCGGCCCAAAGGCAAAUGCCACAUUUGUGGCAAACACUUCUUUGAGCAAUCUGUGCUCAACGACCACAUUAAAGCUCAUCUAAACGUUCGAGACAAAGUGUGUGACGUUUGCCAGAAAGCAUUCACAAGCGCCAAGUACCUGCGCCAGCAUAAAGAGAUUCAUGCCGCCAAGAAGCGUUACAUGUGCAAAAUUUGUGGUAAAUGUUUUGCACAGUAUGCCGGACUCAAUGGGCACAUGAAGUCGCAUGGGACGACUAUGCGCGAGGCUGCUCAAAUGAGCAUUGUCUUCACGAAAGAUCCUGAACCAGAUUUGCCUAGCGAGCAGUGUUGCUAGUUGGUGUCCCUAUCCCUAAAGUCCCAUUAAAAAGCUUUCUUUGUGAUUUA